CUUGUCCUGAAAUCCCUUCAUUGUCUUCCUCUUCCUCUCCCUCUCCCCUGCCCUGUAUCCCUCUUCCCAGUACCCGAAGCGGGUGGAAGAUUUUGUUUUUUGUUCUUCUUGCAGGAUUUUUCCGAUUAGUUAUAUCGUUCAUUUUGUAGUUAAAUCGAAUAUCUGGUGUUAGUAUCUAUAUCGCCUUCCGCUGUAUCACUGUGGUUGACCAAAAUCCUUGAGGUCAAAACUUUUGCUUUCUGCAAAAUUCUCCGACGCGUUAAUGAUCAAUCAAUCACGAAAAUGCUAACCCUAGAUCCGUAAACUCCAUCACCAUCAAUUAAAGUAUCUUAACUUCUCUCAACUCUGCUUGGUGUAGAUUUUUUUUUUUUUCUGUAUCAAUACUAUAUUCUAUAUGAUCCACGAUGCAAUCAGAAACAGUAACCCUAGCUCCAGCUUUUACUUUCUUCCCAACCCUUAAACCUCCUAAUAAAACCCUUAUCUUCCACAAAAUCUCUGUCCUAAUCAUUACUUUCCUCGCUUAUGCAUCCUUCCAUGCAUCUCGCAAGCCCCCAAGCAUCGUCAAGAGCGUACUCGGACCCACGAUUGAGUCCAAUUCGUCGACAACUCAAGCUAGUUUAGAUCCACUGAACUCAAAUUCGAGCUCCACGGAUACCGGAUGGGCGCCGUUUGACGGGCCGGAGGGACCACACAGGCUUGGAGAACUCGAUCUCGCCUUCCUUUCAGCGUAUUCGGUAGGCAUGUAUUUUGCAGGACAUGUUGGAGAUAGGAUUGAUUUGAGAUUGUUCCUUGUCUUUGGAAUGAUAGGCAGUGGGCUUUUCACCGUAGGUUUUGGAUUAGGCUAUUGGUUUGAUGUGCAUUUGUUAUGGUACUUCUUGGGUGUCCAGAUUGUGUGUGGUUUGUUUCAGUCAAUAGGGUGGCCUUGUGUGGUUGCAGUGGUGGGAAACUGGUUUGGGAAGGAGAAGAGAGGGUUGAUAAUGGGAGUAUGGAAUUCACAUACAUCAGUUGGUAACAUUAUUGGGUCGGUGGUGGCAUCUGGAGUUUUGGAGUUUGGAUGGGGAUGGUCAUUUGUUGUGCCUGGGAUUCUAGUGAUUCUGGUUGGGGGUUUUGUGUUCUUUUUUCUUGUGGUGAGUCCUGGGGAUUUGGGAUUUGAGGCAGCAGGGAAGGAGAUUGAGAUGAAUGAAAAUGGAAAUGGAGUGGUGAAUUUGGAGAAAGUGGAGACUGAGGAGGCAGUGCUUCUUGAGACUGAAGACUCAGAUCCGUCAGCUCCCAUUGGCUUCCUGGAGGCCUGGAGGUUGCCAGGUGUGGCUCCAUUUGCUUUCUGCUUGUUCUUUUCCAAGCUGGUGGCUUACACGUUUCUCUAUUGGUUGCCCUUCUACAUAAGGCAUACAGCUGUAGCUGGUGUGAAUUUGUCACAUAAAACUGCUGGAAUUCUUUCUACAAUAUUUGAUAUUGGAGGAGUAUUUGGUGGGAUUUUAGCAGGGUACAUUUCUGAUGCAAUUGAAGCUCGUGCAAUUACUUCAAUUGCUUUUUUGUCACUGUCGGUCCCUGCCCUUGUUUUAUAUCGUGUUUAUGGAAGCAUCUCUAUGUUCGCCAGCAUCACGUUGAUGUCUCUUUCUGGAUUGCUCGUAAAUGGUCCUUACUCACUUAUCACAACAGCUGUGGCAGCAGAUCUUGGCACACAGGACCUGAUUAAAGGAAAUUCCCGUGCAUUAGCAACUGUAACAGCAAUCAUUGACGGUACUGGUUCAGUAGGAGGAGCUCUGGGGCCAGUUUUAGCUGGUUAUAUCUCGACAAGGGGAUGGAACAGUGUGUUUUUUAUGCUUAUUGCUUCUAUUUUCUGUGCUUCUUUGUUUUUGAUUCGUAUUGUUAGAAGUGAGAUUAAAACGAAGUUGAAUGAGGGAAAAUGGCAGUGGACUAGCUUCAUGCAGCAUUGAUGCAGAAUUUUGAAGGCAUCACUCGUUAAGUAUGAAUUCUGUACCUUAACCUAAUUAGGAAAAGAUCACACUUUAGAAAGAUAAUCGAGAACUUAAAAUCAUCAUACAUGUAUUUGCAGCCCUAGGAUUGUAUCUCAUUCUUAUAUACGAAAUUCAUGGUCCAUUGAACUUAAAUCAUCAUACAUGUAUUUGUAGCUCUAGGAUUGUAUCUCAUUCUUUAUACGAAAUUCAUGGUCCAUUGAACUUAAA